AUGGCGCUCGCAUCCGGGUUCUGCCCGCCGCCGUCCUACACCCCGGGUGCGUCCCAGCGCGGCCCCUUCUUCCUGGGCUUCGGCUUCGGCGGCGAGUGCUGCAACCCGUCGUUUGCCGGCUACUACGACCACGAGGAGUACGCCCCGUCGGGCCCUUCGCCGCUCACGAUCUACAAGGACUACACUCCGGGGAGCCCGGACCACACUCCCGCGAGCCCCGACUACACGCCGGCGAGCCCCGACUACACUCCAUCAAGCCCAGACUAUACUCUGGCGAGCCCCGACUACACUCCGGCGAGUCCGGACUACACUCCGGCGAGCCCUUCGCGGUCGCUGGAGUACACUUCGUCGAGCCCUGUUCGGCUCGCUUUCAUGAUGCCGUCUCCUCCGCGCGGCGCGUCCCCAGACUACACGCCCCUGACGCCGUCAGAGCACGCUGCUUCAUCACCUUACUAUACUCCGUUGAGUCCUUCCGGUCCCGGGCGCGCUUCCUCGCCGGAUUACACGCCCAGCACGCCGCCUCCGUCGCCUCUGGUGGUGUCUGACGCCGAGUCGUGCGCGUCGACGUAUUACACACCGUCAACUCCUUCCAGGCGCGCCGAGUCGCCGGACUACACGCCCAGUACGCCGCCUCCAUCGCCCCUGGCGUCAGAAGCAGACUCGACCACGUCUACAGCGCGCUGCCGCCACCAUCCGUACCAGAGGAGCGGCGCCGGCCGGAUCAGGCGCGGCGGACGUCAGCGAGCCUGGGGAUAUUGA